CCAACAGCAAUUGGGAAUGAAUUAACAGAAGAACCGUUUCGAUGGGAUCAGCGUUUAUAUGCGAUUGUGUUGCGUCUGAGUGGUUCGUUGCCGAGUAAUGCCAAAAUUGUUAGCGGUAUGAAUAUACCGUUCGAUAAUAGUCCGAUCGAUGCGAUGUGUGCUGCUACUGGCGGUCGUUCGUUCUGUAUCACAUCACAUAAGAUGUUGGGGGUGUGUGUGGAUACGAUCGUUCAAAAAAUGCAACAGCAUGGUGCAUUGGUUCAUUUCCAGCAAGUUGGCGCUGACCCUGCACCGCCCAUAUCAGAGCGUAUCAAUGGUGCAGUAGAGAAUGGCGUUGCGAAACGAAAUGGUGAAGUUGAAGGUAUGAGUAAGAAGAGUGUGGCUGAUGAUGGUGGAUGGCGUAACGUAUUGACAACCAUCUCAUCCAGAGUCUCCAGUCGUUCGUAUUUGGGCAAUUGGCCUAUUCCAGAAGUAUUCUGGCCCGAUAAAAACAUGAUGUCGUUACCACCGAGAAAAGCGCAUCCAACAAUAAUGUUUCGAUGUGAUGAUUGCGAUCCGUUGGUAUGUCAAGAAUUUCCUUUCGAUAAAUACGAACUCGAACCAUCACCGUUAACCCAGUUCAUUUUGGAACGAAAGCAGCCGAACGUCUGUUGGCAGGUAUUCGUGGCGAAUUCGAGUCAGCCGGGUACUAAUGCGGCACCAUUCGGGUAUUUGAAAGCCGCAACCAAUUUACAAUCAGUAAAUCUAUUCUUAAUGCCAUACAAUUAUCCGAUUUUAUUACCACUCGUCGAAGAAAUCAAACAGGAUCCGCGUUUGAGAACGAAUCAAGCGUGGAAAUUGCGACUGGAAAAGUACAUUGCGUCUGCGCCUUGUUAUUACUUGGCGCCGUUGAAAAAGGCAUUCCAACGUUUCAACGUGACCACUUCAACGUUGGAAUCGGAUCACUCGUCACAAUAUUCCUAUAAUGUACUCUCCUAUAUAACCAAAAUGAAGCACACAGCUCGUGAGGAAUUCGAAUCGAACUGUACGACAGUUGCAAGUGCACUGCAGCAACCUGCAAACCUGCCUAGUAAUAUGAUACAAAUCAGUGAAUCAAAAACGCGAUCAAUACCAUCAAUAAAGUUUCGUAAUCCGUUCGAAAUAAAGCGAUCGCAACUGAUCGAUCAAGUCGAGAAGAUGCGCAUCAAUUUGGGUUUACAUUUGCGUGAUACGAACGUUUCGGCACUCAUCGGUGGGAAGCCAGGAACAAAUAUCAAACUGCAUCAUGCAGAAGAUUUGCACAAUCUGCCGAAGAGUAUCGCGGUGGAUGAGGUCGGUGAAGGUAAUAUUCUGGGAGUUGCAAGUAAAGGCGAUACUCACAAGAAACGCUCGAACUCUUCUAGUGUCACCUCUCAAAGCAGCAGUCGUCCACCUAGACGCAAACCAGGGCCGUUGGCACGAAAUGCACUUUCAUUGUGGAGGAUCGAUGAGCAGUACCAGUUCGGCGUGUUCAACGGUAACAUCCAGCAGUGA